ACAGCUAUGUGAGGCAGCAGCAGUUCCACCGCACUCUCUCCUUUCUGCAGGCUGCGCGCGCUAGACACACACUGUAUUCACAUCCUCUCAUAGAGACGAUCUGCAACACAGGCGCACUGACGGCGGCGCACAUCCAAGGCAGGUGCACCGACUUCACUCUUUCACUUUACAAACACUUAUUCCUCAUGUCACAAACAAUGAGGAUGGUUGCGCUCUGCGUCUGUGCCGGUCUCCUGCUUCUAUCCACCUUGCUGCCGCGCACCAGCGGGGCAGCGGACUUUGCUGUUAACUCGCAUCAGAGAUGGGAUGCUAAAGGAGCGUACGCUUUAGGAGUCGAAUCCGGUCCCGCCGCCUCUUGUCCUGUGAAACUGAGACCCUCGGGCCAGUGCGGGAGCUCCGGAGCAGAGGAAGGGGAGGACUGCCCCUACCAGAUCACCUUGCCUCCCCUCACUAUCCAGCUGCCCAAGCAGUUCAGGCUGCUGGAGAAGACACUGAAGGAGCUGCAGACUCUAAAGGAGGAGGUCAAUAAGCUGAAGAGCGGGUGCCAGCAGUGCCGCGGAGGACAGGGCGCCGGGGAGACUGGAUAUCAUCAAGCCGACCAGGUUCCAAUCCUGAAGGAUCCUACGGAGGUGGGGGGACUGGACCUGACAGGACAGCAGCUGCAAGAUGGGAUCAGCCAAGAGGAGAGGGGAGACGGGAUGGUCCCUGGAGGUACCGCGGAGAAUGCUGGACUGAGCCAAGGGACUGUUAUUGGGAAAAUUCCACCAAAACCAAACACUAUUCAGGAAAUGCAGGUGAAGCUGAACAAAAUGUCGGUCAGCCUGCGCAAUGCUCGGAACCAGAUCUCGACUCUGCAGGGUCGCAUGGAGGGGAUGAACCUGCUCAACAUGGACAACGUGCAGGCCAUUGUGGACAGCAGGGUGGAGAACAUCACCGGAGUGAUCAACAAGCUCAGCUCCACCUGCACAACACAGUGUGCGGUACAACCCAGCCCUCAGUUUAUCUUAGCCCCACAGGACUGUUCAGAUUACAACAUGAUGGAAGUGAAGAAGAAUGGAGUGUAUCGUGUGGCCCCUGAUCCCCGCAAUGGGACGUUUGACGUCUUUUGUGACAUGGAGUCCUUUGGAGGUGGAUGGACUGUCAUUCAGCAGCGACUGGAUGGGUCCGUCAGCUUCAACCGCACCUGGCCCGAAUAUAAGAAGGGCUUUGGAAACCUCAGAGGUGAGUUUUGGCUGGGCAACGACCAUAUCCACUUGCUGACAAAGGUCAAAGACAUGAUCCUGCGCAUCGAGCUACAGGAUUUUGAGGGUGUCCGGGAAUAUGCCAAGUACGACCAGUUCUAUGUGGCCAAUGAAUUCCUCAAGUACCGUCUUUCUGUCAGUGGCUACAGUGGGACAGCUGGGAAUGCCAUCAGCUUCAACAAACACUUCAACCAUGACCAGAAGUUCUUCUCAACGCCUGAUCGCGACAAUGACAUGUACCCAACCGGAAACUGCGGUGCCUACUACAGCUCUGGCUGGUGGUUUGACGCUUGCAUGUCCGCCAACCUCAAUGGAAAAUACUACCACAAGCGGUACAAGGGAGUCAGGAACGGCAUCUUCUGGGGAACGUGGCACAAUAUGUCGACGGAGUACUACCCUACCAACUACAGGCAGGCCUUCAAAACAGUGAAGAUGAUGAUAAGGCCCAAGAACUACGCUCCUUAAAUGGACAAAUAGAAAUAUUCAUGAGCAUAGACAGAUGGUAAAAUGCAAACACAAACAGGCAGUGGUAGAAAAAUAAAAUGGUUCAGUCACUCAUAAAUGCCAAGGCAUUCAUGUGCACACACUCCCAAUACAUGCAAGCACGCUCCAAGAGAAUGGAAGCCUUCUAAUCAGUCUGAAAGCAGUAAAGAUAAAAUUACAAAAUAACUGAGGGUAAAAAAGCAGUGGUAUGGUAUCAUCUUUUAUUUUUCCUUCUACUGAGUGAAAAUGUUGAGUUUAGAACAAUGAUAUCACAGAACAAUGAUCUCUGACUACCAACGACUUAAUAAAAAUACCCCACGGGUACAGUAUAAAAGGCCAGUUUCCGUCAGGGGCCAUAAUAUUUCACAGAAGGCAACCAUACAAGAUUUUUCACAGAUUCUGUGACAUUUGUUCCAGGCUUCUGUCCUCCUCCCUUCUGCCAUAAACCUGAGCACGACACACAGUAGCGCUAAAACUAAUGAGCUACCAUUUUCUCCACUCUAAAUGGUUUCAUAAUUAACAGAGGCCAUUCAAGUGAAGGAUAAGAUAGCUGACGAUACAGUUUGGACUCGGUCUAUCUAGAAGACUUCAAGCUGAGGUUAAACUAUUUUUUGUUCUUUUUUUUUUCUUUUUUUUAGAAUCAAACUGUUACAGCAGUUUGGGAUGUGCAGCGCACAAAACAAACUGCCUUCAUAUUGUUUAUUUUAUUGUUCAUCACCAUCCUGUUAUUCUACAAUAUAAAAUCACAGCAUUAGAAACAACCGAAGAUAAAUUUCUGUUGGAACACUCCCACAUACACUCAGUUAUUGUUGUUUAUUAAAUUAUACUUGACACUUAGUUCCAGUAUUUUUUUAUUUUAUUUUAUUAUCCACAAAUCUGGGUGCACUGAAUUACUGCAUGCUCCUUGUUGCCACACACCAACACGCAUCACCCCUGGCUCACUAUUUGUACCAUACUGCCUCCUAAUGUCAGCAAACUGCAUAGCACCUGUUAAUUGGUUUCAUAUACACUGUUAACGGCCAGGAUGGGGAAAGAAAUUCUUCAAGUUGAAGAUGUGUACAGUAUUUAUUUUAUUUUUAUGAGGUAUGACAGCUUUUAUAAUAGACAGGGUCUAACGAGAUAUUUUGAGCAAUGAUCCAAAACUCGUGCAGUGUUGUGACCAUUCAUGGUAAUUAUGUGUGUAUUUGGAGCGAGACAGCUGUACAACAUUGAUCUUUUCUAUUGUUCAUAUACAACUGUCACAUGCAAGAGAGCAGCACUUUUGUUUUGAAAUAUUAAAACUAAUGAAGUAGAUGGCUGUGUGCAUUGCAAUGUAUGUCAUACUUUUAAAUCGGCAUCGAUGCCUAGUCAUAUGUGUCAGCAUUGUCUGUAUGUGUAUUCCCCCCCCCCACCCCUUAUUUUAAUAUCAAAAGCACCUUAUGAAUGUAGGCAAAUGUGUAUACAUUUCAAGCAUGGGUAUCCACUUUAAUGUUGAAAUUCCAAACCCUGUCUAUUUAUGGACCAUUUGAGACCUUUAAGAUAGAGGGACAAUGUGCAUGCCCAUAAUGAAUGGGUUAAUGAUGUGUUUAAUAGCUGUGAAACUGACUUCUUGAAAUGAAAGGAUGAUUCAUGAGAUUCACAGAAUAUUAAAUAUUAAGACUGAGGGCCUGUGACUUUAAAAUCUGUUUACUGUAUGUGACAAUGAGCUUAAUAAAAAAA